AUGUCGUUCCCUCCAGCAUCUCCCGAGCUGAGCCACCACCCCACCAUUAGCGAUAAUUCUCCGACUCAUGCCACAUUGCCCGCCACCGACUCCCGCCCCGCAGGCCCCGACAAUGGAAGCUCAAGGAGCUGUGUCACCUGUCGCCGCCGCAAGGUUCGCUGCAACAAGCGAUCGCCAUGCUCGAACUGCGUCAAGGCCGGCAUCGAAUGCAUAUUUCCCCCACCCGGUCGAGCUCCCCGCAGGUUGAAACGCCCACCGGACGCAGAAUUGCUCUCGCGGUUGCGACGCUUGGAAGGCGUGAUUGAACAUCUGGGCGGAAAAAAUGCAGAGCCCAGCUCAAGCUUGAGCCCUCCGACUCAGACCACGCCGCCCUCAGCUCAUCCCUCUACCGCUGGGAGCGAGGCGACCGCGGCCACCACCUCUCCCGAGGGGCCGGCUCCAGAUGGCCCUUGCCCAUUCGCCUCAGACCCAAAGAAACCUCCAUCGGGCAGGUUUGAAAAUGAAUUUGGAAGGCUGGUGAUCGAUGAGGGCCGGAGUCGAUAUGUGAGCAAUAGGCUCUGGGCCAGUAUGGGCGAUGAGAUCGAAGAAUUGCAGGAUAUUCUUGACCAUUCUUCGUCCGAUGAAGAAGAUAAUCCGUCCCCAGGAUCUUCUCACUCUACCUCUCAUGAUGGGUUUCUUUUUGGGUUCUACUCCCUGUCGCACUCUCUUCGAGACUACCAUCCACCAUUGCCCAAGGUCUCGAUGCUCUGGGAGACUUAUAGGGAGAACGUGGCGCCUUUGAUCACCAUUAUUCAUAGACCGACCGCGAGAAAGCUGCUCGUCGAAGCUGCGCAGCACCCGGAAACUCUAGACAAGAAUUCCGAAGCGUUGGUGUUCGCUAUGUACCUGUCCGCUAUUGUCAGCAUGAACCCCGAUGAAUGCCUGUCUCGAUUCGGAGAAGAUCGCAACUUGGCUGUCAAGCGGUAUCGAUUUGCUGUCGAGCAAGCGCUGGCUAAAGCCGGAUUUCUGAAUACCCAGAGUCUCGUGCUUCUUCAAGCCGCGAUUUUAUUUCUGAUCUGCGUACGCAGAGAAGAUGACAGCAAGUUUGUGUGGUCUAUGAACUCAGUCGUUCUCCGUCUCGCGCAAGGGUUGGGCCUACACCGGGAUGGUACUAAUUUCGCUCUAAAACCAUUUGAGACCGAGAUGCGCAGACGACUUUGGUGGCAUAUCUGCUUGAUGGAUAUUCGCUCAUCGGAGGAUCAUGGAACCGAUCCGCUGAUUCACGAGAAUAUGUAUGACACCCGGCUGCCGUUGAAUGUCAACGACGACGACAUUUCCCCCGGCAUGCAGGAGACGCCGGAAGAGCGAGAAGGCUGUACCGAUGUGACGUUCUGUCUUAUUCGCUGUGAAAUUACAAGCGCUCUCCGACGGGCAAAUUAUGCCUGUCCUGGCAAUCGAUUCCGCAUGGAAGGCUCCGGGCCAUCGUUGGAUCGUUGUGAGCGAAUGAUCCAAAUAAUCAGCGAGCGCUGUGAAGAACGGUAUAUUAAGCACUGUAACAUGGACAUCCCUAUCCACUGGUGCUCUGCGACAGUUGGGCGUCUCAUUCUCGCCAAGUUGUGGUUGAUCGUUCACCAUCCGAUGACACGAAGAGAUCGCGUCACCAAUUUGCCGCAGGCGACUCGCGAAAGUCUGUUUCUCACAGCGAUUGAGGUAUUGGAGUUUGGCCGUCUUCUGGAGAAGGACCCCAAGACAGCUAAAUGGGGCUGGCUGUUCCGGACGAAUAUGCAGUGGCAUGGAGUCGCGUUCGUUCUGUCCGAGCUGUGCGUCCGCCCGAUCUGCCCCAUCACUGAUCGUGCCUGGAAUGCCGUCUCUUCUCUUUACACAGACUGGAGACAACAAGCAGGACACAAAAAGGGCAUGUUAUGGCGACCUCUGGCUGCUCUGAUGAAGCGAGCGGAGGCAACCCGGGCUAAGCAACAUGAAGAGCUGCGAUCCAAAUUCGGGCCUGUGCCCACUCCAUCACAGCCCGCCAGCGCCCAGGUCGCCACCGGGCAUCAUCAUUCUCUCCCUCAAAUUCAUUUGCCCACGGCGGCUCCAACUCCCCCAUCCAUGCUUCCAGCAGCUAUUAACACCGCACUGCCGUCGUCGGGUUUGCCCCUGAACUUCAACCUUGGCAAUGAGCCGUGGGAGGCCUUGCAAGACGUUUUCCCGAGCACAAAUUUGUUGUCUUCCAGAAAUCUCUUCGAUACUUCUCCAUCACAAGAUCCGGUCUCGGCAGCAAGCAUUCCAGCCGACUUUUCUUUCAAUGUCGCCCCGAGCAAUCCAUUCAUUAGUCAAGACCCCCUCCCGGAGCCUCCGCCACUCAGCUGGGAUGAAUGGGACCAGGUCAUGCGUGACUUCCAGAUGGACGUGGAGAAAGACGAGAAUCAUCCUUCCAAGGGGACUAAUGUUUCAGAUUGGCUCACAUGA